CCUCACACGUCGCAUUCUGCACCCUCCCACCUCAGAAUCAACACAAUUCUGCCGCAUCUUCUCCAUCUCCCAUCUCCCUCCAUUCAUCUCCUGCUGUCUUAAUUCCAUCGGAUUCGGAUUCUACGCACCUGAUUCCCCAUCUGUACUUGCUUUGAGACUUCUCGGACCUUGUCGCUGCUUCCUGCAGCCAUCCGCAACACACCCCGUCCACCCUCUGCAAACUGGAGCACCCGCGCCCCUCGCUCGCUCUUCCUUGGGGGCUGGCACGGUCAUGUCGCUAACAUGGCCGGCCCCAAACAGCCAGAAACCUCCUGACGACGAUCAUCCCCUUCAUUCUCUCCAUCGCGACUCUAUCCAUGGAUUCCUUAGAGCUCCCUCGCGCCCUCAUACUCCCAGUUCCUUCUCCAGACUCCGCAGUCUCGGGAGUGGCUCACAAUCUGGCCAAGCCACAGACACUGAGGCUAACCCCGACCAAGAUCCCCAAGUCCUACGUUUCCGCGCCCUCUAUCAAGACACAGAAUCAAAGUUGUCCACUCUCUUUGAUUCACUCGGUCGGGUGGUAGUCACCCACCGGCCUCGCCAUAAUGGCCUCCUUGCGUCCUCACCUUCGGCUAACGCGCCAAAUGGCCUUGACCCCGCCGCGGCCCCGGCUCCACUUUCGAAAAAGAGGAAGCUGGACGACGACUACGACGACUACGACGAUGACGACGAAGAUGAAGAGCCGGAUCUAUCAACCUCCUCACCCCUGAAAGACAAGCCAAACAAGGUCCACAUUAUUGCCGAUUCCACCUCAUCGCCCCUCGCUCGUCCUGCCCACCUCGCCGGCGCUUUAUCUGACUCGACCAAACCUCCCCCGAAGCCCACUGCAGCCCAACAGAAAGAGUCGGCCGAAGAUGCUCGCAAGAAACUCGAAGAGGCUAAACGCAAAGAGAUCGAGACUGUCCAGUCCUUGUCGCGUUCCAUGUUUUUCACUCUGGAAAAUGAUCGCGACGCCAUGCUCGAUCAACAACGGCUCGACGAGGCCGAGCGUCGCGCUGAAGCCGAGGCCGAAGGUCAUGCAAACCGUCAAAAUGCCUCUGCGCAGCAAGGGAGUCUGAGCAAGGCCAAUCUCGGCGCCUCUAGCCUUACCUUGAAAAAUCUCAUCGCCCUCUUGGACGAGCAUCGUUCCGCAGUCCAUGCCACCGAGUCCGAGUUGCGCGCUCUCAUGAGUGAAGUCCGUAAGAACAGAAGCAAGUGGGCCAGUGAAGACAAAGUCGGCCAGGAAGAACUUUAUGAAUCCGCCGAAAAAGUCCUGACCGAACUCAAGGCACACACCGAGCAUUCCACUCCUUUCCUCAACCCUGUAAAGAAGAAGGAUGCCCCCGAUUAUCAUGUCAUCAUCAAACAUCCUAUGGACCUGGGCACCAUGACGAAAAAGCUUAAGCAGUUUGCGUACAAGUCCAAGAAAGAAUUCGUCGACGAUCUCUGUCAGAUCUGGAAAAACUGUCUGCGCUUCAACAGCAGUCCUGACCACCCUUUCCGCAAACACGCCUUAUUCAUGCAAAAGGAGACCGACAAGUUGGUGCCCCUUAUUCCUGAUAUUGUCAUCAGGGAUCGUGCAGAGGUCGAGGCCGAGGAAAGGAGACAACAGAUCGCCAACGGCGAACUCGACGAUGGCGCUGAAGAAAGUGAUGAUGAACCUAUCAUGUCAUCUAGAGGCCGUAAGGCGCCGAAGAAAAGCACAAAGAGCGUGGGCCAGACCUCCCGCAAGGCACCACCAGAGACUACGCCAGUCCCAGAGACCAAACCCGUAUUGCAAUCUCUAAGCUCCGUCCAGCAAAACGUUCGUGCCGACUCAGAAGUUGAUGGAAGCCAGGGGCAAUCAACGCCACCUCCAGGAGGCAUCUUGACCCCAAUCGGCGCUCAAGGCCCUGGCAGUGUCAUCGGAGCUGGCAGUGAAGCAUUAGACAUGGAUCUCCCUGGUCUUCCCGCCCCGGCGCCAGCUCCAGAAUACGAAGAUGAAGACUAUAAACUAUGGAAGCAGAAGACGAAACGUGAUCGAGCCAUGCUCGCCGCAGCUCGACAUCGCCUUUUCCGCGGUGAUAAACUCAAUCCAGACGAAAACGCGCUGCUCAGAAGCAAGGCUGGCAUGCGCCGCUGGCAACGCAUCCAAGAUGAGAUUGCUGGCAAGGGCACCGCUGACGUAACUGGACAAGCCGCUGAGCGGGACAAGCUCCAAGGUCAAAGUCUUGCCGAGGGAAUGGAAAUUGAAGAAGAUAGCCUGCUCCCAGACUAUUACGAUUCGCUCGCAGCAAUUCCCGACCUUGAACCUGAGCAGAGGUGGGAACAAGACUCUGAAGGCCAUGUUAUCGAACACUCGGAACGAUAUCUCAGACUGUACCCUCCAAAUCAGUUCACUGCGCCUCGGAGUAAAUUUACACUUAAAAUGGAGGCCAAUAUGCGCCAAAUGCAAGAAACUCGAAAGAUUGUCUCCAAAAUCGGCGUGGUCAAGCAGAUGCAAUUGCAAUCUCAAACCUACCAGAAUCAGUUCCAAAAGUACCAACCAGAGCCCUUUGUCGAACAAGACAUUCCAAACCACGUUGUCGCUGAUGCGGGCCCAUUGAUUGCUCCUUGGGUGGCCAAGGCUUCUUUUCAAAGGGCAAUUGGGCAGGUCUUUUUUCAAGCAGGCUUUGAAGAAUUUCAACCUUCGGCCUUGGAAGCCGUGACCGAUAUAGCAACAGAAUUCUUCACUCGCCUAUGCACAACAAUCAUCAAUUACCGGGAGGACUACAAAAUUCCAUCUUCCACAGUUGUGCCAGCAGGUCAGGGCGAGAAGGCGAACACGCCGCCGGCUUAUGUAACCCCAACCACCACUGAAGAGGCUAUCCUCCAUUCCCUCCACACUUCCGGGCUAUCCAUGAAUGACCUAGACGGCUUUGUCAAGGAAGAUGUUGAUCGCUUGGGCACCCGGCUGACCACUUUGCAUGACCGAAUGAAAGCGCACCUUGCAGAUCUUCUCCGGCCCGCGCUCACGGACGAUACUGCACAUGGUCACGGCACCUUCGUUGACGGCGGUGAACAGUUUGUUGGUGGCGAUUUUGCCGGAGAUCUUGAUGAGGACUUCUUCGGCUUCCGUGAAUUGGGUCUCGACCGAGAGUUUGGCAUGGCCAGCCUUACUGUACCAUUCCACAUCCUUCAAAACCGUCUGGGAAUUAGCAAUCAACAAUCCAACGAGGCAGAGCUGUCCGAGAAGGUUUUCAAAGAGCCACCGCGUUGGCCCAAGGUGAACGUCGAAAAUGUGGAAGAACAACCUGGCAUCGUCAAAGAAUGGUUCAAGAAGCGGUUGCAUGAUAACGGUGAUCGCCCACUCACAGAAGAUCUUGAGCUUCCUCCUAAGCAGAGGCCUGGAUAUGGCCGUGCCCGAGUUCCUGCUAGUGGCAAGAUUGGUGAUGGAAACCUCAAGAGCAACGCUAGCCCAGUCAAGAAAGCUGCAGCUGCUGGCAAGAGCCAAAAUGCUCCUAAACCUCCUCCCAUUGCAACCCCGGCCGACAAAGGAAAACGCAAGUCGAUUGUCGCCAAUGGAAUUACCACAGGAGAAGACUCUCCGAUCGUCAACGGAGUCAAUCCCUCCACGCCUGGCCCUGGUGGUGACGGAAGUCCAACGAAAAAGGAAAACAAAGUUGCUCCCCAAAAGUCAAAAGCCACGCCAAUCGAGAAACCCUCAACUGCUGACAAAGACGAUUCCAUGAUGGACCUUUUUGUUGAUGUCCCAGAGACCAAUGGUGUCGAUAAGGUCAAUGGCGUGGAAAAUGAUGGCGAUGCUAGCAUGAUGAGCCCCGAGAGUCUUUAGUUUUGAAAACCCCCCAGAAUCGCCCCGAUUGGUUUUACGUCUAGAGCGUCGAGUCCUCCCAACUUCUCUAACAGGACACUUCUGGAUCGAAAACAACCACAGCCAUCAGCGGUAUUGUCAGACAUAUACUUGAAUACAGGCAAAAGUAUAAAAUGCACGCUUUCUACAUGUCGUCGAAAUCAUUUCUCGGGUCAAAAAUAUCGCUGAAAGUUGGUUUGUCUGAACGGUUGGCUGGCUGGCUGGCUGGCUGGCUGGCCAUCUACAAUAUGCAGAGAUGAGUUUUGAAAGGCUCAGGCCAACGACGAGGAUGGUUGAAGGCAAGACGAAAACACGAGAGGAAAGAAAAGGAGAGAGAGAGAAGGAGAGAGACAAGAUGUCCAUGUUUCAGUGCAUAUACUUACUCAGGCCACUGUAUUCUAUCAUGCCUAGAUUCAUAUCCUACCAAAUUAGUACUGUACUUAUUUACCAGCUCUAUGGCCUACCAGA